UCGAUUUCAGACGCGAAACAAGGCGGUCGAGCGCUGCAUGGAUUCCAUUAACCGAGGAUUCUCCACAGGGUCGAGGUCAGCGAAGAAGCGUGCAUGCUGAGGCGACCGGGAGCACCUGAGAGCUCGAAGACCCAUCCGGAGGUCCUUAUGGUAGGAGAAGGGAGUGCGGUGGCCUCGAAGCAGGAGAUCUACGGUCUGAAGGGCUGGCCCCGACGUUGGUCCCACUCGAAGAAUCCCUACAUUUAGAGAAAAUGGACGACAGGAAUCGGAACUUCCUGCGCGAGACCAGCCGAACUAGCAAUGCGGAAUCGCCGAGGCCACCGACAUCCUUGAAGACCGCCAUAAACCACAACCACAACCACAACAACAACAUCGACGCGACGAGUCCUACAAGAAAAGAGGGCCUUUACGCGAAAAAGGGCAGCGGUCCAUAUUCCAGGACCUCGAGUCAAUCGAGAGAUUCCCACGUAAAAAGGGAGGAAUACCCGAAAGGACCCGAUUCAAAGGACACGAGGGAGUCCAGGAAAGGACUGGCUCCGAUAGUCGGGUGGCACAAUGGCAGCCCCACCGUGUUCCCCAGUUCACCGAAGAGCCAAGAGGGUCUCACCUCCGAGGAUCCCAGCUACCCCACGUCCAAGGACUCGGGGAACACCGAGGACCUCAGCAGCCUGGCGAACGAACGACUCUUCGCCUCGACCCCAGCCCUGACCACCGAUCGCAGCUUCGAGUCCUUAUCCCCCGACAAGGAGACUUUCCUCAGCUCUGCCUCCCCUGAGAUGGGCCCCGACAAGGACUUCGACCUGACGGACGAUCUGGACACCAGGACGAACCCGUUCACUCCCGGGACGGAUUGCACGGUGGACGAUUCCCCGACCUCCCCAGUACCGGAAAAGAGCCCCGAAGAGGCCUAUCAGUCUCGGAAGGAGUCCCAGGAUCCCGACCAACUACCAGGAGUCUUGGUGUACCGGAAGGGCUCCGACCCCAAACCAGGGAUCAUCAGCAAUCCCGGGUUCCAGAACAAGGAUAGACCCUGGAGGGACUCCAUAGACGGGUCGGAGAGCAUCCUGGAGAUUUACGACGGGGAGGACGGCGAAGGUCAUGGCGACAAACCCGGCCAGAAGCCGAAAAUCCCUGACGGUGGUUGGGGCUGGGUCGUGGUGAUGGCCUCGCUGGUUAUCUCCAUGAUCGCCGAUGGGGUGUCCUUCAGCUUUGGCCUCUUGUAUAUCGAGUUCCUCCAGGAGUUCGGCGCCUCCAAGUCCAAGACCGCCUGGAUCGGGUCCCUCUUUAUGGCGGUUCCGUUGUUAUCGGGCCCCGUCAUGUCCGCCCUGGUGGACAGGUAUGGGUGUCGCAACAUGACCAUCGCCGGGGGCCUCAUCUCCGGCCUGGGAUUCGUUCUCAGCUCCUUCUCCAACACCAUCGAGGUAAUGUACUUAACCUUCGGUGUCAUCGCGGGUCUUGGUCUGGGCUUGUGCUAUGUCACUGCGGUGGUGAGCAUCGCGUACUGGUUCGACAAGAAGCGGACCCUAGCUGUAGGUUUAGGGGCCUGCGGAACAGGGAUCGGGACCUUCGUCUACGCACCUAUGACCACCUUCUUCAUCGAGGAAUAUGGCUGGAGGGGCACUUGCCUCUUGCUGGCCGGCACCUUCUUCAACAUGAUCGUCUGCGGGGUCGUCAUGAGAGAUCCCGAAUGGUGGAUCCUGGAGCAGCAGAAGCAGAGUCCUGCCUCUCCUAAGAGGUCCUCGGCAAGGUCCGAAGGUGGGAGGUCGGCUGCCAGUCCUGUCGAGGACUUUCCUGGAGUGGAGGAGCUGAGGAGGUUACUGAAGAGUGGCAAGGCUCCCGAAUAUCUCCUUCAGAGUCUUAGGACCAGCACCGAGGCCAGGACAAAUAAUCAAGGCGGGACCUCCUUCAGGAGCGUCGUCAACUUGCCGACCUUUGUCAGACAGAGUGAGAAGGUUCCUCUGGAGGUUUUGGAGUCCUUAUCGGCCAAUUCCAGGCUCUAUCACGUUAUCCUCGAGAACUAUCCCAGCCUUCUCCUGUGUCGAAGUUCGUCCGACAAGAAAUUGGAGGACUCGGUCGGUGGAGAGGUCUGCAACAAGAGUGGAGUCACCAUGUCUAUGAGGUUACACGGCUGGAUCAAGCAGGCUACGGAGAAAGCCAAGGCCAUUUCAUCUCAAGCCAAGGACUCCCAUCCAGGAUCCAUGAACGCGUCCAGUAAAAUUUUGGCCAAUAGGAGGAUGUCGAGGAAGGAUCUGGAAGAGGUCAACCCUUUACUCGCCAAAGAAGUCGCGCAAGCUGUGGCGGAUGCCGAGAGGGCCAAAUCCCAAUCCAGGCACCACCUUCCAGGAUUCGGAGGCGGCGUCGUAAGGACGGACUCUCUUCCCUGGUUAAGGAGACAAUUCAACACGAACACGCACUACUUCAAGGACAUCCGAGUCCACAGGAACUCCGUGAUGUAUCGAGGGGCCGUUCUGAACCUCCACAAAUAUCGUCUGCGAGCCAGCAGCUGUCCCGACAUCUACAGGAACAGCAUGACGACCCUGGCGAAGGAGAACGAAGAGAAGUGGUACAGCGAGCUGCUGGAGCUGCUGAAGGGCAUGAUGGACUUCUCCAUGUUCCUGGAGCUCCACUUCUUGCUGCUCUCCAUGUCGACCAUCUUGCUGUUCACCUGGUUCAUCGUACCCUACUUCUACCUUGCCGAGCACCUCACCAGGAACGGAUACACCGAGUCCGACGCCGCCAACCUCCUCAGCAUCAUCGGCAUCACCAACACUAUAGGCAUGAUCGGUCUCGGCUGGGCCGGAGACCAGCCCUGGAUGAACGUGACGAAGACGUACACCGGAUGUCUUUUGGCCUGCGGAGUGGCGACCAUCUUGAUGUCCGUAUUUACAAGUUCCUACGUCCUCCUCAUGAUCACGUCCGCCGCGUUUGGGCUCUUCUUCGCCAGCAACUUCAGCUUCACUCCUGUCAUCCUUGUCCAGCUCAUCCCUCUAGAGAGGUUCACCACGGCCUACGGUCUGAGUCUGCUCUGUCAGGGGAUUGGAAAUUUAUUGGGACCUCCCCUGGCAGGGUGGUUCUUCGACGUCACCGGAACCUGGGACCUGUCGUUCCUCAUGGCUGGGGGAUGGAUCAUCUUUGCGGGGUUCCUCAUCGGAUUCGUCCCCUUCACGAAGAACCGGAAGAUCUGGGGCAGCGGGCCCGUUGAGAUGGAACGGGAUAGGGAAGCCGAGGCUUAGGAUGCUCUUGAUACGUGAGGAGUUCGAAUUAACUUGACCUACCCCCGGUUCCUCAGGGUCUGAAAUGUAUAACCGAACGCCAUGUAUCCACGAAUCCACAAAUCCACUAUCGGAACAUCCUAAAAAACGCGACUCUCUUGCAUUGUUAAGCGAGAGGAUGAAUCGGCCAUUUUGUUUUUUAUUCUGAAUUGGAUUAACAUUUUCGUUAAUUCUGAAGAAUCUCACGCGUUGACCGAGAUGUCCAUAAUUUAGGAAUCUCAAUGUCGCAUCCUAGUUUAUUAAUCCGGUACCUGGUCUCCGGAUUCUCUUUUUUUUUUUUUCAUUACAUUGUUAGCAAGUACUGUUGUUAAUCAGCGGUAAUCGCUGUUCAACGAAUCGAGAGGGAAAGUGUAGUAGUUAGAUAUUAGUGGUAAUCCAGAACGUUUCGGUGGUGCUCGUUAGUAAAUCAAAUGGAAUUGCCGAUAGAUAAGGUGUUGAUAGUUUAACAAUGCAAUUUCCACGCCGUGACUUAAACACAGACCGUGUCGUUUUUAGAUAAUUGCGAGGCAUUGUAAUUUAUCCGCACGUCCUUCGAGACGGCGGAAAUAGUCAUUCGACAACGGAUGUUCAAUUGCGUCUUUAGUUCCGUUAUUAUCAUCUACCUCUUUUUAUAUUAAUCAAAUACCUUAGAUAUAUGACGUAAUAUUUAUGUACAAAGGACUGCUGAGGGGGCAAUGAGGACGGUUUAACUUCGGGUGGAAUCCCACCUAAUUAACGCGAUUAAACAGUAAUUAACGACUGAAUUGCAUCCACCCUCCGUUUGUGCACCAUUUUGACGAAUGACAUUAUGCCCGGUGUUUCCAUUGUUGAACACGUUUCUUGAGCCUUUCUUGUUUCUUAUCACUGGAUCAUUUUUACAAGAGGAAGCACCGGUCUUUAAUGAAGCUGUAAAGUAUUCUUCGAUUGUAUCGAUCGACGUUGAAAUUAGACAUCUUAAUGAUGUUGACAAUUAUUUUACAAUACGACAAAGGAACGGAAUAGCUAUUGGCGCGAGAUGUUAAUUAAAAGAGAUAUAUAAAUGUAUAUAUACAUAUAUACUAAUUGAUUUUGUUAACGAGUCAAAUGUAUUAGACAUUGCGGUUCCGAAAAUGUUGCAUUUCUGGAAAAUCUUGUUAUUCACUUGAAAAUUCCGAUUGGACAAUUAUAGUAAGGCUAGUUCUAUAAAACAAAGUGCACUGAAAUGUCCAGCUCGAUACCGCCUUUUUUCGGAUUUUGAUAUCCUGAUUUUCGAAGAAGUCCCUCGGUAGAAUAAUUAUUAUUGUUAAGAACUUUUGACACUGCAGCCUGUCGGUGGGGCGAAAGUGUCUUUCUCUGUUUUUUUUUUUUUUUAAUCUACAACCGAACUUGCCUUAACGAUCCGAAGCGCUUUGCAGCGAAGUUAUAAUGUAACUGUAUAUAAGGGAAAAAGUAUUUAACAAAUGUUUGUACGCAUUUAUAGAAACGAUACACCUUAUUCAUCUCGUCGCAGAAGUUCAUCUCUUAGAGAUCUCUAAUGUACGUUUUGGUCGUCAAUCUGUAAUGCACGUAUAUUCACCAUGUUCUCCAAAUUUGCCCGAUGCGUCACAUGUUCAAUUAACAAAGUUUAUCCCAACACUUCUCUGUAUACAGUUAAAUAAAUUAAAAUACGUUUGAAAUUUCAAAA